AUGAUUCCUUCUAAGCAGAAGACUCAAGAGUACACUCCCCUCCGCGCUCAAGGAGAGGAAGUGGAUCCACUUGAUCCUGAUGUUCCUGUAGUUGAGGAAGUGCUUGCUAUAGCUACCUCAUCCCCUGCUUCAAGCCUGAGCAUCAUGGAAGAAUGGCCUGAAGCUGGAACACCUGUCCUCUCCCAGAGUCUAUUAAAUCUUACCCAGAGUCUUUCUCAAAGUCUUUUGGAAACUGCUUUUAUUGAAUCCAGUCUAACAGGCCAGUCCAGUGAAGGUUCUAGUGGCCAAGAAGGUGAUGUAGGUGCCUCAUCUGCCUGCAGGGAUCCCGAAGUCUCUCUUAUUAAUAUACUAGAGAAAAGAGUGGGUGAAUUGGUGAAUUUCCUUAUCGCCAAGUAUAAAACAAAGGAGCCUGUCACAAAGGAAGAAAUGCUGCAGAGUGUCCUUAAAGAGCAAAAGGACUACUUCUCUGCAAUCUUCAAGAAUACCUGUGAAUGUAUGGAGGUUGUUUUUGGUAUUGAAGUGAAGGAAGUGGAUCCCACUAGCCACUCCUACAUGCUUAUCGAAAUGGUAGAUCUCACCUAUUACAGGAAGAUGAGUGACCAGGGUAUGCCCAAGACUGGCCUUCUGGUAUUUAUCCUGGGUAUAAUCUUCAUGGAGGGCAACUGUGCAUCGGAAGAGAAGAUAUGGGAGAUGAUGAAUAUGCUUGAUGUGCAUGGGAAGAGGGAAUUCAUGUCUGGGGACUGCAGGAAGCUCAUAACUAGAGAGUUAGUGCAGGAGCAAUACCUGGAAUACCAGCAGGUGCCAAAUAGUAAUCCGCCAUUGUAUGAGUUAGUUUGGGGUCCAAAAUCAUAUGCUGAGACUAGUAAGAUAAAAGUCUUAGAGUUCUUCUCGAAAGUCAGUGGGAAUCGCCCCACUUCUUUCUCAUCCUUGUAUAGGGAAGCUUUUAGAGAAGAAAGAGAAAGAUCAAGAUCUGCAGGUGAUGCUACUACUGUAGACAGUGACAAUUCAAAGUCCAGAUGCUUUUCCUAUCCCGAGUAA